AGUGGCAGGAGGUGUGGCUGGCUUGGCACACCCAGCUCAACAUGACUAAUCAUCCUGUCCAUAAAACCCUGGUCUUCAUUCCACUACUCUGCCUGAUAAUUCCAUCUUGUUCGGUACUCCGGUGUGCCUCACUGCUUCCCCAUCAGGAUCACCUUUCCUGGCCUCAGCCCGCUACCUGCCUUCACUGCCUGUUUUGUUUUUUUUGAGCAUUAAAUGGUUUAUUUCUAUAUUGUUACCUGCUUCAGCCUGCCUUGGGGUUUUCUUUGAACUGAAACCUAACAAUUUAAUUAUUUAGUUGCCCAUUCGUUGAUUUGUUCCAAGGAAAAUGUUGGUAUCAAAGUAAGGUUCCUUCUGUUUGGGCACAGGGCCCCUGUAUGUCUCCACCUCAGCUACGCCCCUGUCUCCAUACACAGACUCAUCUUCUUGUGUCUCCUCUCCCUCUCUUUAGGACCCUGUAGCACCUUGCUGAUCCCUCGGGGCCUUGACGUCAGCGCAGUAAACGGUGGAGAUCUCCUCGGCAGAGCUCACAGGCGCAGCGUCCGUGCAGCGCGCAACGCAACGCAGGGGGGCGGCUGCUGCGGCGACAACUCUCCGCUCAGACUUCCCCUGCCUUCAGCGACUCACUCAGUCAUCAACACAACAUCUGGGAGGGAUACACCGACACUAACACACCCAUCAGCAUCCUUCAGCACAGCGAUGUCGUCCGCUGUCACCGAGACGGAGGAGUCGGUGCGCAGCUCCCCGCUGACGCCACUGAAGCUGCUCGGGCUGGUGUGCGUGUUCUUGGCGCUCUGCCUGGAUGUGGGAGCCGUGAUGAGCCCGGCGUGGGUGACUGCCGACGACCAGUACUACCUGUCCCUUUGGGAGUCCUGCUGGAAGCCCGCGAGCACCGAGGACUGGCAGUGCAAGAGCACGCUUGUCGCAGACUGGCAGGUUGCUACGCUAGCCCUGUUGCUAGGGGGCGGGGCCCUGGUGCUGAUGUCAUUCCUGGUCGCCCUGGUUGCCGUGUGCAUCGGCACGAGACGGCGCUUCUAUGUCCCCGUCGCCUUCAUGCUCUUCGUCGCAGUUGUCCUCCAGGCCUACAGCUUGGUCCUCUACCCCAUCAAGUUUGUCGAGAGCAUCAACCUGAGGAUCUACCACGAGUUCAACUGGGGCUACGGCCUGGCUUGGGGUGGGACCAUCUUCUCCUUCGGCGGGGGGAUCCUGUACUGUCUCAACCCCAAGAACUACGAGGAGUUUUACUAGCCCUGAUUCAACAGAGAACCCCCUUCAGUCACAGGACCGGAGAGGUACUCAAAGGGUUUGGGGGUUUUCUUUUCAUGGCUUGGUUAUCAGGAACUUUAAGGAACACUACACGCUGGAUUGAGCCAAUAACUGCAUCACAACAAGCUUCCCUAAAGGGGAUGUUCAGACAGUGAAGCUGGUGGUUCUCUUCUUGCCUCAGUCCACUGAAGUGUAAGUGAGAAAGUUGAUGACUAUUUGAAGUUACAGCCCCAAGAUUUGCUCCCGGGGUGGGAUGGAGUCCUUUUAGUUUAUCCCUGGGAUCUGUGACACACCUGUGCAAACUGACAACCCUGCAGUAACAGAGGACAGAGCUUCGCGUGAUGAUGCCGCCUUUCUUCCCUGUGAACUUCACUGCAAGGACUGCUCUUAGUUUGUCACCAGGAACGGCCCAUCUUACAGACUGUGUCAUGUCAGAGUGGGAGGCUUUUUCUGCACGAUUACGCACGCAUGCACAAGCAAAGGCUGUGUAUCCUCACCUGUAAACAUCAAAACCUGUGGGUUGGACAUCCUCCAAAAUCGAAAACCUUGUCUCCUGCUCCAUCAGAGCGUCAUCAUCAUCGCUGAUGCAUCGUAAGAAGUUGUGGCAUUUUUGUUUGUCAGAGUCUUCUGGCGCUCUUAAACUUUCACAAGGACGUGGAAGGGGAUCAAGCGUUACUGUUGCGCUUCAUAACUUUUCAUAAGACAGAUUGAUUCCUCUGGGGUGAAGAUAAGAAAAGGAGGGGGGGGGGGAGAUAAAAUAAAGACACCCGCUCAAUAUUCUGUUAUCGACCCACUUGUCUGUAACUGCAGCAAACCCACGGGGUGUGCACAUGCGGCUGUCAUGAUUGAUUAGACAUGGUCGAAGGUGUGAGACGGGACUGCGCUCAGCUGCCUCCAAGGGUCUGUGAGAUUUCGAUUCCCAAUGAGGGGAGUUUCUCCACCAUGACGAACGAAGCAUCCUUCCUCAUCUUGUCCGGCUCCUCCGCAUCCUGUUUGUGGGUGGGAGAGUCAUCUAAAUCCAGACGGACACGGUCUCUCUGCGGACGUGUUUACAUGCACAUCAGAAGUUUAGAAAGUUAGGAUCUGUGUUCUGGCUGUUUUUAUGAUGCGUUCAUUUAAAGAAGUGUGACCACAGAAACAUGAGUCUGGAUGUUGAUAGCUUGAGUUAAAGGGAGAAUCCAAAAUGUCUCCCAGUGUGCUACAUCACCACCAACCAUGAGCAGUGCCAUUACACAAUGCUUAAACAUGUGGGACUAAUAUUUAGGAAGGUAAAUGGAAACAAAGUGUGUUUGAAUUUUAUGCAGAAGUACAUUUGGAUAAUUUGAAAUCUAAAAAAUACUAAAUUCAUUGGAGCAUUAUCACUCAAGGACUCAGUUACGCCGUCGCCAAACUCCCAGUGUGCAGAAUCAAUGCUCAAUUGUGUGCAUGUAAACAUUGCCAAUGGAGCCAACUAUUUAUAAACCCCAUCAGUGUAUCAACCGAUAAGUUCAGGCCACAUUUCAUUAACAUCAAAUCUGUCGUCUUCUUGUCCACAGUAAAUGUCAGGGAUCAGCACUGAGCCCAGAGUGUGCAGAUCUGUGGGAAAACAAGUCUGGCAUACACGUGUUGGCACAGGGAAAGCAAAUGUCAAUAUCAGGCAGUGUCAAAUGUCAGGAGUAAUGGAUGCUGGGACUCAAACUGUGGAUGAAAUGUAUCAUACAACAAAGUAUUAGAACUUUACAGAACAAGAGAAUCUAAAUAUUGAUGUCCUGUGAUCAUAAAUUGAUCCAAACUCAGUUCAGUUCAGUUUUAGGGCGGUGGCUGUGGAUCCAGUGCAGUUUCUGGUUGUAAGAGUAGAUACAGAAUCAAAUUUAGAACUUCUUCACCGAUUUUAAAUCCUAGACCGAGCCUUAAAGCAGGUGAUAAUUCUAUAUUUUGCUCCGAUUAUGCAAAAUAGCCUUCACGUUUCCUCUCAAACGAAAUGCAAAUACAACUUCCUCUGUGUGCUGAAUUACUUUCCUAACCCUUUGACCUCCGCUCUCUUUUCAAAACAAGCUCUUUAAAUCUUCAACUUCACAAAGCCUGGUACGCUAAAUAAGAAUUCUCCAGCUGACAUUUUGGAGAUAGAGGAAGCGUCUCUCUCUCUCUCUCUCUCUCUCCGCUCUCUAUUGUCACAUGUUUACUGUGGAGCCGUCAAGCGACCAUCAACCAAAAAUAGGAUCCAGGCUGCCUCCCUCGCCACCUUUACAAAUGUAGAGCCGUGCAUCCGCCAUGCGACUCAUACUGCUGACAGAGGUCUGUUUAUUUUAUGUUAACUGACACAAUGAUGCUCAGCACAGACUAUUUCAUUUCCUGUGUUGUUGAUGAAGAAAAGAUGUGUUUGUUUGUAGCCGCUCUGCCUGUCAGCACAGUUAAGAUUAUUAACAGAUGAAGACUGACAUGAGUGGAAUACUCUGACAACAGCCUGCAAAUUACAGUGUAAUCAUUAAGUAUGUACAGGGAAGCUAACAGACUAUAAAGUUUGAAUUCAAAUGUUAAGUUUUGCUGCUUGGAUACAAAACAUCAGACUUAGCAUGAUGACCAAUUAGCUUUGCACAGUUUACCAUAAAAACCAAAAACAGGGGCAGAAAUUAGCCAUGUUAUAAAAUCUACCUGUCAAACUGGCUAAAGGUGCAUUUCGAGCAAGAGUUCCAGGGUCUUUCAGCCCCCAGAACUACUUUCCCCGGAACUAAAAGGUUCCUGUGCCCCUAUUGUUGUCUGCGUUUCGACCGUGGGCUGAAGUCCAGGACUUGUGCUUAACUUAUGCUAGCAUUUGAGAGGUGGUGGAGACCAAAACAGAGCUAAAGGGGGAUAAUGUUGGACUUGCUCUUAUCAAGUGGACAGAUACAGCACUAUAGAUUAUGCUAGAUUUUCUGAAUAGAGGAACUAAAACGUUCAACUUUCAACUUCAAAAGUGAAUGUCCUAGAAACAAACAGGGUACAUGAACAAAACUUUCAGUGAAGAUUUUUUCUUAUGUAACCCUUAAACACAAAUUUGUACUCCUUUAACUUUAUGCACUACCCCCCUCGCUAGGUCAUCUGUACCCUGUCUGUACGAAACACAUCCACUGUAAUUUGCAGGCUGUCAUGUAAAUCACCUCUUCAGAGUAACCUUGUGGGAAGAGCGUGGUGGAGACUGAAGCCACUUAAUCUCACUUUACAAGCCUGCUUCAGGCUGACAUAAACCUCAUGUUGUAAAUCCACAAUGUAAAUUCUAUUAAGCAGCAUUGAACUGGUGGAUGUUUUACUAAAAUUGGGUCUUCUGAGGGGCAGAAAUAUCCUAAACGUCAAAGCUUUAAGUCGGAUUAUUUUACUCACAGUGACCGGAUGUCACCGUCUUUUUAUUUAGCGCAGAGUGAAACCAGAAACAGCACUUACUCUUCCAGCCAUUAUUCCAUUAGUCAUACUGGCUCUAUGGGUCAGCGGUCUCUUUUCAGCAUGUGACCCAGCUCUUCGGUGUUUCAUCAGUCUGAAGGAUGUCACAGCUUCCCCGUGUUCAGCGGUGAGGCUCCAGUUAAUCAGUGUUUGGUUUCGUCGGGUCGCCAGAUUUUCUGUCAGGUCACUGACGAAGCAUUUUUUUAUCACCAGCUCAGUGUGUCGUUACUUCCACGCAGGCAGAGUGAAACAAUGAGAUCAUCUCCACAAGUAUGAAAUGUAAUAUGGCCGCUACUGUAUUAAUACUGUGUGAUCACAGCUUAGUGAAGGUGUGUUUUGCUACCUAGAAGUGUCUCUGUGCUUUGGUGGUGUAGAGGAGCCUUAGGUAUUACCUGUAACUGACCUGGGUUAAAACAUACAGGAUUCACUUCCUCUGUGUGAAGGUAGAAGUUUAAAUCACAGCUGAUGUUACUGACUCUUUAAAGUUCACUCAUUCAUAGUGCAGAAGAUAUGACUCCUCGUUGCUUCCUGCAGGAGCGAGCUGCAGUUAAAGUUGUUUUGAUUUCUUAAUUGGGAGCAGAAAUGAAUGUCACGUCAAUAGCAAUUAAGACUCUGAUUCUAAAUGACAAUGCAAAUAUGUUUGCACCAGUUUCAGAAAUGACCUACAUGCUUUGAUUUUUAAUGAAGCACUUCAAUGUGUUCUGAGUAAAUAAGACUAUUUGUGUUAGGCCCCUCAGUGCUGUGAUGCCUGACGACGUCUUUCAUAAAAGCAACUGCCCUUUAAUAUUGUAAUUAUCAUUCCUGCCCCCCAGGGUGUCCGACACAUGCUAAUUCCUUGUAUGUUUUAGCCCAGGUCUGAGUCGUAUUUAUUAGCAUUUAUUUGGUUAUUAAUUUCCUGAUGAAAAAGUAGAGGCUCGUAAACAGAGACAGCUCUGUUUUAUGCAUCAUCUCCCAGUAGACUGGAGAGAAACACUGUCUAAUGAUGUGCAUAGGGAUUUAGGAAGUGUGUAUGCGUGAGUGAAUGACAGAGGAAGUGUGUGUGCUCGUCAGGGAGUGGAAGAGUGUAUGUGUGUGUGUGUGUGCGCAUGUGUGUUGGCAUGUUUUAGAUGCCAUUGUAGAGAUGUCAGUAAUCAGCAUUUAUCUCUUUGUACGUUGGCACAUUAAAGCACUGAACAGAA